CUUCCGCUCUGCGGAAGUGAGAGAAGGGGAAGUUGUUAGGGGAUAGAGGAAAAAUAAAGCCCCCCCCCCCCAAAAAAGUGAUUUUCGUCUGUCAAGUUUUAAAUAACGUUUCGCCUUUCUGGAGGAAGGGGGACCCUGGAGCGUUUGUGGGCAUGGACACACACGUUAAGGAGGGACAACUUUAUGUACAGCAUCAAAAGUUUGGAAAGAAAUGGAAGAAGAAUUGGUUUGUCCUGUACCCUGCCAGCCAAAAUGGCAUCGCCCGCCUCGAAUUCUUCGACUCGCCCUCGGGCUCGGGGGGCGGGGUCGGCGGCGGCUCGGGAAGCGGGUCCAAUGAGAAAACCAGGAAGCUGGACAAGAAGAUCAUCCGCUUGUCUGAGUGCAUUUCCAUCCUGCCGGCGCUGACCGAGAGCUGUCCCAAAGAAAACAUGGCAGCGUUCUGUGUGGAAACCAAUGACAAGACCCAUGUGUUUGCCGCAGAGAAGAACACCGCCAAGGACUGGAUGGAUACCAUGUGUGACAUUGCAUUUCAGGGAGGAAGCGGCAGCAGCUGCAGUACUGCUGCAGACCCUAAUGGGGGACCUCAGGACCUGCAGAUGUCUGUAAACCUCAUCUACUACUCCAGAGAGGAAGUGAACGAGUUCUGGGUGAGCGUUCAGCGCACCGAGGCGUCGGAGCGCUGCGGACUGGCGGGCAGCUACUGGCUGAAAGCCGAAAGUGACGUCUUGAUCUUGAAGGAGCAGAAGACCAAGAGGAAUGUUCUGGUGUGGCCCUACAAGCUGCUGAGGAGAUACGGGAGAGACCGGGUGAUGUUUUCGUUCGAGGCGGGUCGGCGCUGCGACUCGGGCCCUGGUAACUUCACCUUUGAGACCAACCAAGGCAAUGACAUCUUCAAGCUGGUGGACCAGGCCAUCCAGUCGCAGAAAGCUCUGGCUGAGGAGCACCGCCAUAGCUGCCCGUUCAACAACGACUCAGACAACCCCAUGUCGCUGCAACACAUGCGCACCGCCGGUGGCAUGACGGGAAGUGGUGACAGCAGCAGCUGCAGCAGUCGGGAGGCAGACGGCGAUUCAGGCGGCAGCAAACCGGGGUCUGCUGACGGUGUGCUUGGAAAGAGAGAGGGCGGAGAUGGAGGAGGAGGAGGAGGAAGAGGGCAAAGUGGUGGAGCACCAGGAGGACUUAAAGGCAGGAGUUUACCGGAACCACCAGUCAUGUUGGGGGUUUUGGGAGGAGGAGGGACCCCUCCACGGUCUCCCAGAGGGCAGGUGGCAGCAAAAGGCCUUUCCUCAGCUGAUGAACAAGCAGGUCUUUAUUCUGAACCAGCUGACUCUGUCCGUCUGCCUCUGCAUAGCGCUGACUGCCUCUACUCUGACCCGGUUGACAGCAUCAAGGGCCAGAACCAAACCAGCAACCCAACCACCCCUCCAGUGCCCACCCCACGCCUCCGACCAGUAGGAGAUGAGGCCUCGGCAGGUGGCGUCCCGGUGGAUCAUCACCAGGGAGGCAGCAACCACAGGAAGCCACCAGAACUGUACUCACAUGUAUACGACCGGAUCAGUCCGGAACUGAACCAGAAAACAAGCGCUCUGAGUCUGAAUGGGACUGCAGGGGGAGGAAGAGGGGGAGGAAGAGGUGUGAACAGUAAGAGGCGACCCCUAGGAGCCCAGGCAGAGGGGGCUUCGUCACCUCCUGCUUCUCUUCCGGAGCACAUAUACGAUGAACCGGAGGGAUGUGCCAAAGGAAGCACGAACAUGCCCACUAGUUUAGGGAUGAGUAUUUACGAUGAGGCCCGUUUGGAGCCCCAUAGCCAUAAGAGACAGGAAGAGGUGGUGGCCCCAUCAGGAACGGAGGGGAAUUACAACACCCACUCCUAUGGGAAGCCCUCAGAGUCCCACAGACACUCUCCUCCGCAGGUCGCCCCGAACCGUGUCGUGCCACACCCUCCUGCGCCGAGGGGGCCUAAACCGGUCACCGCUCCCAAACCAGGCAGGGGCAUUUUUAAUCGGAAGGAGCCAGUGCCACUUCCCCCUGGAAAACAUGGAGGUUCUGGCAAUAAUGUGAACAACAACAACAACAGCAUUUGGGGUCAAGGUGGUGGUGGAGGAGGGGGAGGAGGAGGAGGAGGGGGGAGGGAGCUGUACAGCAAAGUAUCUAAACAGAAGGCUCUGCCUGUGAAUUCAUUAUAUAGCCAGCACCAGCAGACGCUGCUGAGAUCACCAGAUAUCAUCUACGACAACUUGGGAGAUAUUUGACAUCUUUACUCUUCAUGGACUGAAAGGAAACAUUUAUCCUCUGCUGUCUAAAAAGAGGAGAGAUGCUGAGGAGAAAAGAUGACGCCGAAUUGGUCGAUGCCUUUUUAUUCUUGCAGUUUUUGUAAGGACUGAGCACAUUUUCUCAUUUCGCGUUUCUUCCAUCUGUGGACUGGAAUAAUUAUUUGAGACAGUCGAUUCAUUCGGAGUGGAUUAGCUCACAACUAUGAGAAAACCACAUUAUGACUUACUUUUUAUGCAACUAUUGUGGGGCCACCCUCUGUGUGUGUGUGUGUGUGUGUGUGUGUGUGUGUUUGAGAGAGAGAAAGAGAGUGUUUGCAUGGUCAAACCCAUAAUUGGUGUACCAAGCCACAGUGUGGUUGGAGCCAGGCACUUCACUUGAACACUCACACACAGAAACCGUAUGGAUUUGCCAAAAAGAGCUCGGCCUACAGGCUUCACUUUAACAAGCUGAGAGAGCGGCUUGGCUCCUCUUUUAUUUAAAAAAAAAAAAAAAAAAAAGUCUGCCAUGCUUAUGAAGUGACUGGGAAACAUGUUUUUGCACUGCUGCUUUUUCUGUUUCUCUGCAAUAUGAGACAAUGUGACAACGAGGAGUUGUUGUUUGACUGAUGUGGAGCAUCUGAGGUGGUUGAGACUUGACUGAAGGUUUUCUGUGUGUGUUUUCUGGACUGAUUAAUCAUCUUGAAUCCCAUCUGUAGAGGGAGAUGUGCAACAUUUUCAGCCCAGGACACUAAUACGGAAUAUGGUUGCAUCUUAGGAUCAGCUAAAUGGAAAAACCUUGUUGUUUCUGUUUUGGAGGAAGCAUAAAAAAAUGGGACUGUAAGACCCCAGCUGGGUCUUGGAAACAGACUCACAUGGCUCAUAAAAGGGGCUACAGGGUCACAUGGUCCUCGUGGGGCCACUGAAUUACAGUGGCAAUUUCCUGCACAAGAUAAUAUUAUUUGAAUCAUUUAGGUUUCUAUGUACAGAUAAACUAAAUAUCAGACUAAUCAAUCCCACGAAUAUGUGCGUGUCUGUGUCUGAAACAGCUGUGCUGUCUGUAAAUAUCACUAAUAAUAAAACUGGCUCAGAAAACUUAAACUAUUUCUCAAUAGUGGAUCUGUGAGCAGGAGAACUCUCCUGUGCCUCUGCAUCACUGUGUGUUUGUCUUAUCGUGAGCCAAUCAGACAGUUUUUUGUGUGUGUGUGUUUUAAAAGAUUGUUCUGCUCUGGACCAAAUAGAAGAGUAAAACAGUCUGACCUCAUCCUCCACUUCCCUCCCUCUGCCACGCUCUGUUUUUGUUGUUUCAGUCGGUUUCCAACCACUUAAUCGC